UUUUUUUGACUAUGGCUAAAAUGUAUUAACUAUGGCUACAUUCUGUCAGUCAAAAUCCGAUUAUUUUUGUAUUCGAUUGGAAUCUGAUCUAAAAUGAUGUCCACACUGUUUAUCGCAACUGUUCAGAUCUGAUUUGUGAGUCCAUGCCAAAGUUCUUUCAGGCUUUUUCUGUGUUUUUUUUUUUGGGUGUAAAAAUGUGUUCAGUCGUACAUAAACAGUGCAAUCCAUGCUGUUGUUUACAUCCAUAGACAGUAUAAGAAGUUUACAUCCGAGUGCCUCCAUAAUGGCCGCUCAUCUGGGUUACCGCCCAGAAUAUGACGUCGGUGAAAACCCUCUAUUGUAAAAUUAUCACAUAGUGGACAUGGUUCCUGUGCUCCUUUUAAUUGAGGGAUCUGUGAUGGGUUGGUCAACCUUCUCAUGGGUGUCUUUAUGAGCUACAAUUGUUUUUAUUGUUCUGUAAUGGGUAAGAAUGACAGGAUCGUAUUUAUGCUAUACUGCCAACAAUGAUAUAAUCAAUACAUUUCAGUGUACAAACAUGCAAUUUUAUAGCAAAAUCUCAAUUAGGCCAUUCAGUGAUCACUAUGCCCCAGUCUUGCAAAGUUUUUGAUAACAACUGUUAACUUAUGAAGUGGCCAAAACAUUUUAUGUGGAAAAUAUAAAGCCUCUUUCAUUCACCUCAAAAAGUGAAUGAAAGGAAGGAAGAAUGAUUUUUAUUGCUGUGCAGGUGCAGGUUUCCCUCCUUCCAUUGCUUCUCUCACUCUGCAUGUUGUAUAAUUUUAUGAUGAAACGGGUCAGCCUUCCUUGCUCACACACACAUGUAACCUAAAAAGUCAAACACAGCUGACUUGUAUAGCAGUAUAAAAAUACUCUGUCAUCAUGUCAUCAUGAGGAUCAACACACAAUGAACCAUGUCGCUGACGCUCACAAGGGUUUUACUUAUUACAGUUCACUUAAUUUUGCCCAUAUGGGGAAAUAUUUUGCGACCUCAGAAGAGUGACUGGGUAGGCAGUCCAUCUGCAAGCAUGACAGAGGGUCAUGUGGAAUGUUUUUCUGAGUACAUGGAACUUUGGAUCCAUAGAAUGAGAAUUGAGGGGUUGAGGCUUUGGCUCUCUGGAAUGUUAAGGAUUCAAGUGGGUCUGGUGUCCAUGGAACAUCUAAACCAUCAGCUGUCUUCAUGUGGUUUUGCCCUACACCGAGAUCUUGACAAGAACUAUAUCUUCAGAGUCAUGUACAGUGGAUGUUUUGUCCAGUUAGAGCAUGGCAGUUAUGUGAUUGUGCUGAACCUGCUGAAGAGAGUAAGUCGUUUCGGAGGAAGGACUCAAAAGUUUAUGAUGAAGUGUCCAGCAGUGUUAGAACCUCCUAACAGAGAGUACAUCCAGUGUGAUUCAGACUUCAUUCAGGUUACCAGAGAGAUCCCUGUGGAUAACUGGACUAAUGAGCUUGACUGGUCUCUUGCCUUGAGAGGGAGUCUGGUGGUGGCUUUGGAGGAUUCCAGUCUUAUUCAAGUAAACGUUGAAAUGCACAAACCAAACAUAACAGUUCAAGGGAGGAGGGGCACCGUCUUAAGCCCUGUGCAGGUUUUCAAAUCUGAAGGACAUUUCUUACCUCUCAAACUGGUCAGUGGCCAGUAUGCCUACAGCAUGGAGGCGACCUGCCCAAAUGUGAACCAGUUGCCAUCUGAGGACACGGUGCUGCAUGUCUAUAAACGGCGCAUGGGCUUGACCAAGAGAGGUGGAUAUCAAAAUGAGACCCUGUCAGUUAGCAAUGUGAUUGUGGAACAGACUGACACAUUCACCUGGUCAGAGACGAGUGACUUUGUGCAUCUUGUCAUUCCCACAUCCCACAUUCAACAGAAAAAGGAGUGCCGUGGUCAGGAAGGUGAGACACUUCAGCGAAAUUUCUACAAGAUAGAUGCGGUUCUCACCUUUAAAGAGUCAAAUCACAAAAUGCACUGGACCAUGGAAAACACCUCACCAUGUUCAGAGAUGCAUGAUGAACCAAAAGAAGCCAAUUUCACCACGCAUUCUCCUGAGGGGAUGACAGGUGAGCCAGAAGCUUCUGUUGAAUCCAACAAAGAGUUUACUCUAUCCGUGCCGCUAAAGACUACAUCUACAGCAUCACAGACAGCAACCAGCAUCACAUCGGUACCAACCCAACAAAUCCAAACAACCGAGGCUCUGAGAACAUGGGGGAAAAAGUGACUGCAGUCUAUACUUUACGUCCUAGACAACAACAGAGAUCCCUCCAGAAGUUCAUCUGUGCAUCAUUAACUGUGAGGGGCCGUAAUGCACAACGGAUGGAAAUGCAGGUACCAACUGCACGUGUCAGUGUUUUUUCAUACUACACUAUUACAAUUGGUAGUCCAUUAAUCACAGCAGAUGUAAUCACAAUUUGAAAUACAGCUACACAUUUAAGCGCCAUUUUCACUCAGACUGGGAUUUACAACACAACAGUCAAGUGGACCCAUGCAUCUUUUCCGUUGACAAGCAAAGUGCCAUUGGAAUCACAUGCAGGGAAUGAUUACAUCUAAGACUGUGUUGGUCAUGCCAGUUAAAAACAAGCUACUGUCUUAGAACUCUCUCAGCUGUGCGUUUCCUCUCGGGAGUAAAUGUGGAACAGUAAUACAUUUUGUAUCUAGCAAAAAUUCUCAAGUUGUUCACUAACUAUCCCAGUCGCUUUCCUGAAAGACAGAAAGUGCCUGACAGUUUAGAAAUUGCCAUAAUGUAGUUUCUGUAAUGUUUUUUUGUUGUAUUAUAUGAUCAUUUAGGUGUAUUUAGAGAUCUUUAUAGCUUGUUUAUUUAUAACGUGGCUCACUUGAAUACUCGCAGCAUUCAUCGGUCUAAAAUACUCACGGAGGGCCAUAUAUUGCUACAUAUCACUCUGAUUAUCUGGGUUUCUGAAACCAGUGUCGUGAGAACUCGGGUCCUCCCUCGAAAUCGGUUUUCAAUCAAUAGUUCUACGUACACAAAAGCCACAUUCAUUUAAAAUAUGUACAGUAUGUACAUAUACGAUAUGCUGUGUAAUUAAAGAAAUUGGACAAUGGAAUUUCUUUCUUUGAUUAAACUUUUAUUAAACAAUAAAACUUAUAAGUGAAAUAUUUGUUCAUCUAACAAUUACAUACUGGCAUUAUUAUACUGGCAUCAUCUGUCUCGUAUCACACUGCAUACUCAUUCUCCCUUGUUUCUUACAAACAUGUUAUUGAUUCUAGUAAAAAUGACCUCAGAUGUCUUUUGUAUUAAUAUUACUGUGAAAAUCGUUAAUUUAGUACAUCGUUAUGGACUAUUUUAUGUGCAUUAUACCUUACAGAAGGUAUGUAUUGGAAAAUACAACGAAUAACAUAUAAUCUUAUGACUGACACAUGAUCUGGAUUAGUACAUGUUGUGUUUUUGACUAAAACCGAUGAUGUGGACAACCACCAGAGAUGUUUUCUUGCUGAAGCCUGGUUCAGUGUUUUCCUUCAAGGGUGUGAUCUCUGUUGUAAAACUGUCAUUUCACUGAACUAUUUUGUCCCUUUAGUUACACUUUGAUUCUGGCUAGCAAGCUCUUAGUGGCAGUAUGUUGAACAGCCAGAAGAGGUCAGUGUUGUUUAGUGUUUGGCUUUUGCAAAACAUUCCGAUCAUCACUGUGUAAAAAUGUGUUAAAUGUUGUGGUCAGUGUCAGUUGCUCUAAAAUGCAUAUAUAUAUUUUUUCAUAUGCAUGAAUGAAGCUUUAUGGCCGUAAUUUAUUUUACUCAUAAGACAUUGAUGUACAUACUCAGAUCCAGUGGAAAAACAACCUUAAAUGUGAGGUUGGUUAAUUUGCCUUUACUACGCAAUUUCCCACGCUUGAAUGAAUUCAAUUAGACUUUUGAAAGGGCAGGCCAUUUUAAUGUAACCCAGGCAAGAUAUUCUUCUUAAUUCUGAGCAUCUGGAGGAAAAAAAAAAAGACCACUGAGACUCAUGAAAUUUAUUGUGAUUACAGUCUUGAUAUUUGAGCAAACCAAAGAACACCCUUUCUCAUCCUAAUUGUGUUUGUGUCUGAAAAUAUGUGCUCUAUAUUAAAUGACAAAACAAGAGCACAUUUGUAUGCGUUGGUUAAUGUGUCCUCUAGAGCUUUGCACUCCGGCAGGGUGUAAUUCUCACCCAGGGGGUCAGAGGGGGGCCACGCUACCAGGGUUUUCUUUGGCAUCUGUUGCAUGAACUUGUGAACAGGAAACACAAUAACAGCACAAAGUACACCAACAUCUCAAGUCUUUCAUGUGGCUGUUUUGAGCCAUUAUGUUAUUAGUGUAGGCUUAAAAAUUCCUUUCAUGUCCCCCUCCUUUUCUUUUUCAUAUGAGUUGCACAUCUGUGAGAUGUUUGAGAGUAAUACAGAAUUUAACCAGUGUGUGGUUUCAGAGAUGUUUUUAAUUGUCAUAAUUGAUAACGAUGUGAG